UUUUCCGCUCGUGAGUAGCUUGUUUUGCGCGCAAGAAUAUUGACCCAAAUCUGACUCCAUAAUAUGUCCCUCUCAAGUGUAGUACAACUAAAAUUGCCCUAAAAUAUCUGUAAAUGUCUUCAGAGUAAUACAGACCAAAUCUAAACACCGAGAAGUAAGAAAUAAUCAACAUUUAUCAAUUAUGAUAAACACAUCUUGCGCUUGUUUUUUGCAUGAAGUAACUUCAGAUAUAUUCCUCAUGCUGUUGAGUAUAUUGUUUAUUCCCACUGGUCACUCCUCACCCUGUGAAAACAUGUUGCACUGUUUAUUCUGAAAAAUCACCAGCUCGUUUUGAAGAUAUCAUCUUCUCUUAUUGAUCACAAAUCUUCACCAAACCCUGCCAGUUCCUUCUCUUGCAACGCUCAACUUUGAUCUGAUCUGUUUAUCAGAGACAGCUCACACCUCAGGGUUCUGCCUUUAUUUGGAUUGUUCACACUUAGCUCAGCAGCAACCUGACCGCAGAGGGAACAGAGAGGACACUGACAAGCACACACUCUUAUUAUCAAUACUGUCCCUACUCAAAAAAGCCAAACAUUUGUGACAUGUCACUAGAGCCGAGAUGAGCUCAGUGACAUGGAUGCAUGAGGUGAUUUUAUAUAGUGAAGAUAUAGACCUCUGACAAUUGGGAAAAGUAAAGCUUGUACUGGUUACAUUUCCCCAAAUCAUAGGCUAUUAGUAGUAUGAUCCACUUUUUCUCAUUAACUUAUUGUUCUCUGAAGUCUUAUUAUAGUUUCUGUUUCUGGAAGGUUACAUAAAGGGUUAAACAAAGGGAGGAGCUGCAGACAGGGCGGCAUGUUGAAAGUGAGAAAGUGAGUCAGACUGCCAGAUGCCAUUUUACACUUCAACAGAGCAGUAGGACAACAGGACGGGAGAAGAUGAGUGAUUUAAAAGAUGAGAAAGAGGACACAUCUCUGAAGAGUGACGGGUCUAAAGAGGAACCUCGAGACUUCAGUGAUGAACCUGGACCCUCAGACAGGAAAGAGAAGAGAACAAGUCCUGUUCCUGUGGAGAAGCAGCUUUCCAGCUGUGCUCUGUGUCAGGAGGUACUGAAGGAUCCAGUCUCUACCAGCUGUGGACACUGGUUCUGCAGACAGUGCAUCACCUCAUACUGGGAGCAGCGACCUCCAUCAGGAGACUCCUCCUGUCCCCAGUGUGGGAAAAGAUCCAGAACCAGAGCUGGACUGCAGACAGCUAGUCAGACCAGCUCUGUACGAGCAGAUAGUGGUCUGCAGGAGGUGUUAGAUGAACAUAGGCUCAGUCUGAGGAGGAGAUGUGAACGUGUGACUGAAGGAACUGAUGAAAGUGAAACCCUCCUCAACAGGAUCUUCACUGAGCUCUACAUCACACAAGGCCUGAGUGAAGAGGUUAAUACCCAGCAUGAGGUGAGGCAGCUGGAGACAGCUUCCAAGAAAGAGACCCUCCAUGACACUCCAAUCAAGUGCAGGGACAUAUUUAAAGCCUUACCUGACCAGCAGACUCUCAUCAGAGCGGUCCUGACCAAUGGAGUCGCUGGUGUUGGAAAAACCUUCUCAGUGCAGAAGUUCACUCUGGACUGGGCCGAGGGUUUGGGAAACCAAGAUGUCAGUCUGGUGAUCCCGCUCUCCUUCAGGGAGCUGAACCUGAUCAAAGGAGAGCAGUACAGUCUUCUCAGGCUGCUCCAUGUUUUCCAUCCAACCUUACAGAAGGUCACAGCCGUGCAGCUGGCUGUCUGCAAAGUGCUGUUCAUCUUUGACGGCCUGGAUGAAAGCAGACUUUCUCUGGACUUCAGAAACAAUGAGGUUGUGUCUGAUGUCUCACAGCAGUCCUCAGUCAACGUGCUGCUGACAAACCUCAUCAGAGGGAAGCUGCUUCCCUCGGCUCUCGUCUGGAUAACUUCCCGACCUGCAGCGUCCAAUCAGAUCCCUCCUGAGUGUGUGCACAGGGUAACAGAAGUACGAGGCUUCACUGACGCCCAGAAGGAGGAGUACUUCAGGAGGAGAUCGAGUGAUGAAGACCUGUCCAGCAGAAUCAUCUCUCACAUCAAGAGCUCCAGGAGCCUCCACAUCAUGUGUCUGAUCCCAGUCUUCUGCUGGAUCACUGCUGCAGUUCUGGACCACAUGUUGACUACAGACCAGAGAGGAGAGCUGCCCCAGACCCUCACUGACAUGUACUCAUACUUCCUGCUGGUCCAGACCAAGAGGAAGAAGCAGAAGUAUGAUAAGGGACAUGAGACGAGUCCACAGCGGCUGACGGAGACUGACUGGGAGGUUCUUCUGAAGCUGGGGAGGCUGGCGUUUGAACAUCUGGAGAAAGGAGACAUCAUGUUCUACCAAGAAGACCUGGAGCGCUGUGGUCUUGAUGUCACCGAGGCCUUGGUGCACUCAGGAGUUUGUACACAGAUCUUCAAAAGAGAGAGUGUGAUCUUCCAGAAAACAGUCUACUGCUUUGUUCAUCUGAGCAUUCAGGAGUUUAUGGCUGCAGUCUACUUGCUGCACUGUUACACCAACAGAGACACAGCGGUACUGAAGGACUUCCUGCAGGGAGAAUAUGGCAACAGUAGAUAUCAGGAUUACCCAACCCUGCCUGUCUUCCUGAAGGGAGCCAUGCAGAAAUCCCUCAGAAGUCCAAAUGGCCACCUAGACCUGUUUGUCCGCUUUCUCCACGGCCUCUCUCUGGAGUCCAACCAGAGGCUGUUAGGGGGCCUGCUGGGUCGCACAGACAACAGACCAGAAACCAUCCAGAGAGCCAUCAGCAACCUGAAGGAGAUGAGCAGUUCUUCAAUCUCUCCUGACAGGAGCAUCAACAUCUUCCACUGUCUGACAGAGAUGAAGGACCACUCAGUACAUCAGGAGAUCACAGAGUUCCUGAAGUCAGAGAACAGAUCAGAGAAGGAACUAUCUGUGAUCCACUGCUCAGCUCUGGCCUACAUGCUGCAGAUGUCAGAGGAGGUUCUGGAGGAGUUUGACCUGAAGAAGUACAAAACAUCAGAGGAGGGACGACGGAGACUGAUUCCAGCUGUGAGGAACUGCAGGAAGGCCAAACUUACUGGCUGUGGACUUUCAGAGAUUGAAUGUGAAGUUGUGGCCUCAGCUCUGAAGUCUGACCCCUCCCAUCUGAGAGAUCUGGACCUGAGUGACAACAAGCUGCAGGAUGCAGGAGUGGAGCUGAGUUCUGGACUGAAGAGUCCAAACUGCAGACUGGAGACUCUCAUAAUGAGUGGCUGCAGGUUGUCAGAGAAAAGCUGUGGUGCUCUGGUCUCAGCUCUGAAGUCCAACCCCUCCCAUCUGAGAGAUCUGGACCUGAGUUACAACGAUCUGCAGGAUUCAGGAGUGGAGCUGCUGAGAGAUCUUCUGGAGAGUCCAGACUGCAGACUGAAGACUCUCAGUCUGAGGCACUGCAGUUUGUCAGAGAUCAGCUGUGCUGCUCUGGCCUCAGCUCUGAAGUCCAACCCCUCCCAUCUGAGAGAUCUGGACCUGCGUUACAACGAUCUGAGGGAUUCAGGAGUGAAGCUGCUGAGUGAUUUUCUGGAGAGUCCAGACUGCAGACUGAAGACUCUCAGACUGAUAUGCUGCAGGUUGUCAGAGAUCAGCUGUGCUGCUCUGGUCUCAGCUCUGAAGUCCAACCCCUCCCAUCUGAGAGAUCUGGACCUGAGUUACAACGAUCUGAAGGAUUCAGGAGUGAAGCUGCUGAGAGAUCUUCUGGAGAGUCCAGACUGCAGACUGGAGACUCUCAGGAUCAAUAACGAGACGAUCAGAGCCAAGAUCCAGAAGAACUGUGACUCCAAUGUGGAACAGGAAGUGAAGACUGACAGAAAGGCUCCUGAAUCCUUCUCACCUGAACACACAACUGGAUCUUCAUACAGCUUCAGGUGUCCUGGUCCAGGUGUGUUCCAGUGUGCUUCGACUGGCCUGGUGUUCGUCAUGGUUCAGGAGGCAGAGCUUCUGUACAGGACGGUCCCUUGGGAUGAGAUCUUCCUCCAAUCAGCUGGCAAGAAGGCAGCAGGGCCGCUGUUCGACGUGAAGAGUUCUGAUGAAGCUGCCGUCUGCCAGCUCCACCUGCCACACAGUGAGACAGAGGAUGCGCUGCUCCUGGACGGCCUGUUGUCUGUCGUCCACAUCACUGAUGAAGGCCUGAGCAUCUUGGAGCCGCUGGAGGUUACACACACUCACGUGGUGGUGAAGGUGCCUCACCUCUCUCGCUUUGGCCUUAUCAUCGAUAAAUUGAAAAGGCUUCUAAAGUGGCGGAUAAAGGGCCAAAUUCUGGUGUUUCUACGAACCCCGUCCGGAGAGGAGCAAACACUGGAUGUACAUCUGCUGCAGAACAACGUCCAUGUGGAGGAGGUUGCUGACAAACACAAACGUGCUGUGCACAUCACAAACUCCUCCGACUGUGAGCUGGACAUUGAUCACAGUUACAGUGUGCACUGUGAACCUGAGGGCUUCUAUAUACAGCCUGAGAGUAAAACAUUUGAUUCCAGGUUUGGACCAAAUUACCAUCCGACAUUUCAAGUUUCCCUGACGACGACAACAGAGAGAGUGGUUUUGAAGGUCCAGGACCAAGAUGGAAAUGAAAUCUGGUAUUGUCGCGCGUCACUGGAAGGUCCAAGGCGUGAAUUGUCCCAGAGAAAUGUCCCAGCAGAGGGCAGAGUCCCAGCAGAGGGCAGAGUCCCAGCAGACCAGUGGCUGCGCUCAGUUCGGACAGAGUUCAUUCAAAGAGUGACUCCAACUGUCCUGAAGGAUCUUCUGGAUAAACUCUUUGAGUCUGGAGUUAUCACUGAUUCUGAAAUGACGUCAGCCAGAACCAAACCCCAAAAUGACGGAGCACGAGAGGUGUUGGAUGCGAUACGAAAUAAAGGAGCUCCAGCCUGCAGGGUUCUGAUCAAUGCUCUCCGUGAGCUGGACCCGUAUCUUUACGUAAUGCUCGACUCGAGCUGAAGCAAAACCUUGUGGAGUGUGUGUGACAGUUGAAGUCUAGUCCUGUGUUUUGUUACCUUUAACUAUUUUCCCCUUGUCCUUGAAGGUAACACAGAUUCUGAGUGAAUGCUAUUGCCUUCUCUUGUUUCUCCUGGACUCCAGCUACCCGGGCUUGUUCUUAUUUUACCGAUAUUUUUUAUUUUACCAUAAUAUUUUAUAUUUAUAUUUAUACAGGGUAAUAUGGAUUUUUUAAAUACAUUUUUCAGGGUGGACCUCUCCAGGAAUUAGGCAAUGAGUUUUCAGCCUAGUUUUUAUUAAUCUGAAUGGCUCAAAUGUAAAUAAUUUGUUAAGUAUUUCACAACUUAAAGGUGGGGUAGGUAAGUUUGAGAAACCGGCUCGAGAUACACUUUUUGUUAUAUUCAAUGGAAUGCUCUUAACAUCCAUAAAAAAUGUCAUCUGUGAAAGCCGUAGUGCUGUAAAAAGCAC